AUGUCCAUGCCAUCAGUUUUGUGUAGAAGAGAGGGAGAAGGAGAAAGCAGACAGAGUGUGAUAGUAGCGUUAGAGGGAAACAAGGUCUCCACUGCACCUCUCGCCAAGGCUUUGCGGGACUUGGUUGGCCCUACUGAUGAGCUUUUGGUUCUUGCCAUUCUAACUAAUAUAAAGACGGAAGCACUGCCAAUAUUACCCAGUACAGAUUAUAGUUCAAACAUCAAAUUCCUCCGCGAAGAAGUCAGUCAGAGAAAAGAGCAUUACAGGAAUAUCUUCAGGCCUUUCUAUGAUAGAUGCAAAAGCAGUGAAGUAAAGUUUCAGCUGAAGGUUUCAGCAGGCUGCCAACCAAGGGACAUCAUAAUGGAGCAGGCAAAGAAUUCUAAGACUACUUGGAUUGUAAUAGAUAGGUGCUUUGCUAGAGACAUGAUUCCUAGAUCGAAUGACACAGAUUGCAAUAUAUCUUUGGUGGAUGAAGACGAGGAGGCUAUGAUUCUUAAAUACCUCGCUCUGAAUGAUGGAUCAGGAACUUCAGCCGUUGAUCAAGUAAUAUCCAAUCCAGAACCUUCAGAUCUAACAGAGGAACUGCCCUCACAAGAGGAACCACAGCUUUGUUCCUCACCAAAUGUCGGAGCUGAGUUUCAACCUUUUUCUCCGUCUGCCCCUGAAAGUAUGAGCACAGAAAGAGAAAAUCCAACCAUGUCUGAGCCAUACGAGGAGUGUGAAAUUAUAGAGGACUUAGAAACACCGAACAUCUCUUCACAAAGAUUGUGCGACCUUAUGCAAGUAAGACCGUUGCAUCUGAGCGAGGAAAUAGUUGCAGCUAUCACAGGUGGGUUUAUGACCAAGGUUAGCACCAACAGGAAAGAGAACUCCGAAACAUAUACCGGGUUUGUAGCCGAUGAUCAAUCUCAAAUUAUGGUGAAAAGAUUCAAGGGUGAUUCUGGUGGCGUUCUUGAAGCAGAAAAAAAAGCAGCCUUGUACAUUUAUCAUAAGAAUAUACUGGGGUUGAGAGGUUAUCACAGUAGUAAGAAUACCACUGUUCUGCUAGCUAAGAUUAUGGUGGGGAACAUGAAAUCUAAUAUUAGUGCAGGCUCGAGGGGAAAAGAAGUGGACUUGACAUUUCUUGAUAAAAUGGAGAUAGCCAUUGGAAUUGCUAAUGGUAUCAGAUAUAUGCAUGAAGAAUGUCCUCGAGGCCCCAUUGCGCAUGGCGACUUGAAGCCCCACAACAUUAUUCUGGGACAUGAUUUGAAGCCUCAGAUCUCUGGCUUUGGGCGAGCAACCUGGCUGCUUCUUGAACAAACAUUGCCGUUCACCAACAAGAGGUGCCCUGAUAAGGAUCCUUCAGACAACCCAUCAACGGUUUUAGUAAAAUCCGACAUCCUCUCCUUUGGAGUUCUGCUCUUGAGGCUGUUUUGCCGAAGACACGUACCACAGGAUGACAAAAAUUUGAUCAAGUGGGCUAGACCAUUGCUGCUAGAAAGAGCAUUCCAUGAGUUAUUGGGUGAAGAUACUCAGGAUUUGGACAUGUAUGGACUUUACAAGGUGAUGACUGCAGCAACUCAAUGCACAAAGACUACGCCAUCUUCACGACCCUGUAUGAGCGAGGUGAUUUCCAUUCUUAGAGGAGAAAGUUCUUGUGCUGUACAGUGUUCUCCAACCAUAGAAAGCAGCAUGUGA